UACUUCUCUUUCUGGAUUGUGACUCGGCUUAGAAAGCGUUGAGUUCGUUCUUCUCCCCGCGUGUUUCCGCUCUCCGCGUCUCAAAAGAAUCCAAAAACAAAAAGGUAACUAAACCCUAGUUCUUCAUCCGCGGCUGCUCCAAGAUCUCGGUCUGCUCGAUUUAUCGUGUUGGGAGUUUAAGAACCGCCGAUUGCCGUUCUUCGUCUACUCUGCUUUCAUCGAAGAGGAGCAGAGCGAAUCUUCUCAUACUCAGGCUUUCCUGUUGCUUAACUGCCAUUGAUGGCAUUGUUGGCUGAAGCUCCGUGCCUGUUUGUUUGACUUGAGUGCUUAUUGAUCACCUUACUUUGGCACUGAGUAUUACAUAAUGGACCGUCGUGAUACAUCUGGUUUUGUCAGUGGAGGUUGCAGUCCUUCAUUCAAGUAUUUCUUGGUAAUGUUUUAUUAACUUGGAGUCCUAGAAGACAGGCUGACUGGUCCUUUUCUCAUCGAGUUAGGCUGAUAAAGGGAUUCUUUCACAAUAAUGGUGGCAAACAAGAGCGUGCUUUCUGUAGAUUUUACAACGAACCUCCCCUCAUUUGGUUUCAGCAGGUCAAUGCAAUUAGGAGGCCAACGCAGCACUGAUGCCAAAACACCACUUGAUCCCCUUUCAGAUCUGCAUGAUUCAACUCCCAACAUGGAAAGGACAACAUGGGAGUUUAAGGAAUUUAGUGAAAUUAAAAAUUCAGAAUAUCCCUUGCCAGGCCAAUCAUCAAGUUCCUCGUACGUCAGCAAGAUGAGCUCGACAUCUGUUUCCACUACGUCUUUGGUGCAGGAAACUGAUGAAGAAUCCUCCGUGAACCUAGAACUGGAUAUGCAGCUUCAUCUUGGAAGUAGGAACAGGAACAGCUUGACUCCUGCUAAAUCAUCAGUUAAUGAUCUGAAGGCUUAUCCUACUGGGCACCCGCUUGACUUGCAAUUAAGUCUAUCAAUUGGAUCUUCUGCAUCUGCUUUAUCCAGUGCCAGCUCAAUCUCAGACCUAAAAUCAAAUAGCCUGAACAACUCUGCAUUUGCAAAACCAGUGGUUCUGUCUGGGAAUGAGGAAGGGUCGGCUGCCCAUUUCCGGAUAUUUGGGGUGCGCCUUCAACCUUGUGCAGCCAACUUAGAAACAUCUAUCAGUUUUUCUUCUGCAGAGAAAGAGUGUACUCAAGCCGAUUCAACUUCAAUUGUUCUGAACGGGAAAUCAACCACGAUGCAGGCAUUGAACAAACCAGUUACCUGUACUUCAGGGGCUUCAAAUUUACAGAAACGCAAAAAUAGAAUAAAUUUCUGUCAGUUCGAGGGGUGUACCAAAGGCGCAAGAGGUGCUUCUGGUUUGUGCAUAGCUCAUGGUGGGGGGCAGAGAUGCCAGCGACUUGGCUGCCAAAAGGGAGCAGAGGGCAAGACAAUGUAUUGCAAAGCACAUGGAGGCGGCCGUCGAUGUCAACAUCUUGGCUGCACAAGAAGUGCUGAAGGUCGCACAGAUUACUGCAUUGCUCAUGGUGGUGGUCGCCGAUGCAACAAUCCAAGUUGUAUUCGUGCUGCAAGAGGAAAAUCUGGUUUAUGUAUCAGGCAUGGCGGUGGCAAAAGGUGCCAGUGGGAGAGUUGCACAAAGAGUGCAGAAGGUUCCUCAGGCCUCUGCAUUGCCCAUGGUGGUGGACGGCGAUGCCACGCCAAGGAUUGUACAAAAGGCGCUCAAGGUAGCACACUAUUCUGUAAGGCACAUGGUGGUGGAAAGAGGUGUAUAUUUCCAGAAUGUUCGAAAGGCGCUGAGGGGAGCACUUCCUUUUGUAAGGGACAUGGUGGCGGUAAGCGCUGUUCAUAUCAGGGUGGCGGUGUGUGCCCAAAGAGCGUGCACGGUGGCACUCCAUUCUGUGUAGCUCAUGGUGGUGGAAAGAGGUGUGCUAUCUCUGGGUGUCCUAGAAGUGCCAGAGGGCGGACUAGUUUCUGUGUUGGUCAUGGUGGUGGAAAACGCUGCCAUUUUAAAGGAUGCGAUAAAAGUGCUCAAGGAAGCACUGACUUUUGUAAAGCUCAUGGAGGAGGUAGACGAUGUUCAUGGGGUCAUCCUGGCUCGAGCUUUGGUGUUGGUGAGCCACGCUGUGAUAAGCUUGCCAGAGGUAAAGUUGGUCUCUGUACUGCUCACAGUGCCCUGGUACAGGACCAUUGUGUUCAUGGCGGUGUUAUGCUCGGGCCAAUUACUAUCCCAUGCCCGACUCCUAGAAAACCAGAGACAAUGAAGCUCGAGAACAAUGACGAUGAUUCUGUAGGGUGCACCAAUUUUGAUCCAAAGAAAACAGGACAUUAUCUAACAUCUGAAUACAAGCAUGAAAUUUCUUUUCCGGAAGGCAGAGUGCGCGGAGCAAGUUUAGUAGCGAUGCUCAAAAUCAGUUCAGAGUUUGGCAAUAACAUUAGUGAUCGAGGAACUGCAGUUACUCCGGACCAACAAACUUCGCGCACCCCAAAUGCAACCUGUUUGUGAUAAGCUCCCCUACUUUUUGAGUUUGCUGUAUCUUCUGUCUCGUUUUGUUUGUGUUUUUUUUUUAAAUUGCGAUCGACUUAUGAACAAUCCUUUGCAACAAAAUUAGGGAAUAUGGAUUGGUAAACUAUGUCAGUUGUCGUCGAGCAAUAAUCGACAUGCUAUUGUUGUGAAAUUAUAAGGCUCUAUUGUAAAUUUUAUGCUACCUUUGCAGACUGAUUCUGUGGCUUCAGAAUUAGAUUUCA